CGGUAUUUCUCUAAUUUGUGCUGUACGGUGUCUGCGACGGUGCGCUUUCGUUUCGGCAUGUUGGCAAUGUUUUUUUCUUCGCUCUGGGCGGUUUGAAGCUAAGAUAAGAUCUUUGAUCGAAAUUGUCUGAAAAAUCUCUAGCUGGUCGAGCUACUGCUAGUGGGGGAGUGUGUGUUUGCAGAGGCUGCACUAUGUCAGCCCUCGAGGAUUGACGGCUAAUGCGGUGCAAUAGCGGCACUCUAGCACAGUGUGGCAUCUCUUGGGACUUACAGACUGGGUAUGGAUUCCAGGAAUCUAUCUGUGGUGGGGAAUAAAGCCAACUACGAUUACCAAGCCUUGGUGAGGGGUCGAAUAGGGAAAUUCUGAAGACGUACAGCAUCUAUUAAAGCAAGACACAAGCUUAUAGGCGUACGUUGUUGAGAUAAUCGAGUAAUAAGGAUCCUGUUUGUUCAUCAUGGCAACUCAGAAUGUUGACGAGGCUGUUGUGGCCGGCAACCUCUUCAAUGUUGAUGGCCUUGUGGCUUUCAUCACAGGUGGUGGUACUGGUAUUGGUCUCAUGAUGGCGAGAGCUUUGGCGAGAAAUGGUGCUCACAAGGUCUACAUUGGUGGACGACGACUCGAGGUGCUGGAAGCUGCCGCAGCCUCUUUGGGUGCAAACGUUGUACCAGUUAAGUGUGAUGUAACAUCCAAGGAGAGUCUCCAAGCUGCUGUCGAUUUCAUCAAGCAAGACACUGGCUAUCUGAACGUCUUGGUCUGCAACUCAGGCAUUGGUGGGCCUCAGUCUGUCCAGCUUCAGGAGGACACGACACUUGAAGAGUGGGCAGACUCAAACUGGGACAUUAGCUUCGAGGAGCACACGGAUGCUUUUGCCGUCAAUGCCAGCGCCGUCUGGUUCACUGCCAUAGCCUUCUUGAAGCUCCUUGACGCAGGAAACAAGAAGGGCAACUUGGAGCAAAGCUCUCAGGUCAUUGUCACAAGCUCCAUUGCCAGUUUCAACAAGGCAGCUCCAGGAGGCUGGGCAUAUGGCCAAUCCAAAGCUGCUGCAACACAUGUAGCCAAGCACCUUUCAGCUGCCCUGCCGAGGUGGAAUAUCCGGGCCAACUGCAUUGCUCCAGGAUUGUUCCCGAGCGAAAUGGCCGCACCCAUUGUUAACCGGUUCAACGAAAACUCGGAUACUCCAGGCAAAGUGCCAGCGCAGUUCAUACCCAUGCAGAGAAUGGGAAAUGAUCAGGAUAUGGCGGGAACUAUUCUGUACUUGAUUUCCAAGUCAGGGGCUUACUGCAACGGGCUGGUCAUUGUCAUCGAUGGAGGCCGACUUCUGAGGUUCCCAUCAUUGUACUAGAGUGUAGGAGCAUAUGAUUGAAUGAGUAAAAUAUUGUCAGCUCUCUGGUCGCC